UAGCUGAGGCGUUUGUUUGCGAUUCCUGCAAAUUCCACAUAUUGUCCGGAGGGACAUGGGACGUGGUGUGUUUCGUUUGGCCGAGAAUACGAAAUACGAAACGUACAAUCGAAUCCUUCUCGAAAGGAAUCCACGUCCCGUGCAAAAGUGUGCCGUCGCGAAACUGCGUGUGCAAGAAGUGCCUACGCAAAGCAACACGGUUCCAUUCUGCGUACCAUAUGACGACAAUUGCACCUUCGAGCGUUUCCAAUCAGUGUAGUAUUGUAGAUGCGUAUAUUAACUAACGCAAGGAGCGGAGGAUAGUUUCGAACGGAUAGCGAACUAAAAAGGUACGACCAUGGCUCCGCAACCACUUGAGCAGGGAGGAGCGGUGACAAGCUUCAUCCCGACGGGACAGGAAAUGGUGCAGCGUCAGAAUCUGAUCCCGUUGAAUCGGCUGAUUGAUUUCAUCAUCCAACGGACGUACCAUGAGCUAACAGUCCUUGCUGAGUUGUUACCACGUAAAACCGAUAUGGAUCGAAAGAUCGAGAUCUACAACUUCUCCGCCAGCACUCGACAGUUGUUUAUCCGGCUGCUGGCGCUCGUGAAAUGGGCCAACUCGGCCUCCAAGGUGGACAAAUCGUCCAAAAUUAUGGGAUUUCUCGACAAGCAGUCGAUGCUGUUCAUCGAUACCGCCGAUAUGCUGUCCCGUGUGGCUCGCGAAACACUCGUGCAUGCCCGUUUGCCCAACUUCCACAUACCGGCCGCGGUCGAAAUCCUCACCACGGGCAGCUACUCGCGACUUCCAUCGGUCAUCCGGGAGCGCAUCGUUCCGCCCGACCCAAUCACACCGGCCGAGAAACGGCAAACGCUGCAGCGCUUGAAUCAGGUCAUCCAGCACCGGUUGGUCACGGGCAAUCUGCUUCCUCAGCUGCGCAAAUUUCGUAUCGAAAACGGGCGCGUCACGUUCAAGGUGGACCACGAGUUCGAGGUGUCGCUGACGGUGAUGGGAGACGCACCGACCGUUCCGUGGCGCUUGCUCGAUAUCGAUUUCCUGGUCGAGGAUAAGGAGACGGGCGAUGGGAAGGCGCUUGUUCACCCACUACAGGUUAACUAUAUCCACCAGCUGAUCCAAGGGCGUAUCGUGGACUGUACCGAUGCGUUGGCGGAAGUGUACACCUGUCUGCAUUACUUCUGCCAGUCGCUUCAGCUCGAGGUGCUGUACACGCAAACGCUCCGUUUGAUACGCGACCGCCUGGAUGAUCAUAUCCAUGUUGAUGAGUACAUUGUCGGAUCGAAACUGACCGUUUCGUACUGGCGCGAGCUAACUAACAAGGAUCCGAAAUCGGAGCUCGGCUACCGGCUAACGAUCCAGACCGAUCCGAACGAUGCCGCAAAGCAGCUCGCUAUCCUGCACGUUCCCUCGAUCGGCAACAAGGAAGCCGACAUCGCCGACCGUGCCGUACGCUCCGAUUUGCUGUCCAUGGAACGGUUGCUCGUGCACACCGUGUACGUACGAUCCCUGGCACGACUCAACGACGUGAAAGCCGAACUGCAGCUAUUCCUCAAGGAUGUCGACUACCACAUCCAGGGCACUCCGGCCAUGCUGACCGUGCCGGUACUGAAUCCUUGUUUGCGCGCCGAACACAUCUACAUCACGGUCGACACGCAUACGGGUAUGCUGCGGUGUCACGUGCCGAAGCAUCUGGACUGCCCGAUCAUGCCGGAGAUGCAACACGCUCUAAACAACGACUGGUCGAAGCUACAGCACCUGAUAUCGGAACUACGGUACUGGAUUACCCAGCGUAGGUGUGAGAAAACACUGCAGCAUCUGCCGGCCACUACGCAGGACCGAUUGCCGUUGGUGUUGCCACCGAAUCAUCCAAUUACUCGGAUGGGACCACACAAGGUCUUCAUACAACUGUACCGCCACGCUAAUGUUAUCUUGAUCGUUGAAUUGAAGGAAAAGAAAACAUGCCCGAACGAGAUGACGUACACAUUCUACCUGGUACUGGUGAAGCCGUCCUCCGUCGAGGAAGGACAAUCACCCGACGGAUCACCCAACGUCGCCAGCGCACAAGCCUCAUCGUCCGGAUCGCAACCCGGCAAUGACACGGCAGCAACAAUGCCAAAAAUGUAUCUCCGUGUGCUCUCCAUGAUAGAGUUCGACACUUUCGUGGCAACGCACGGUCCCGGCACGAUAAUUGACGAUCCGAUAGCGGGCUGCAGCAAGCGCAAGCUUUCCACCGUCGAGAGCACAUCCGUUGCCUGCCUUGGCCCGGCAAUGAAGCAGCAAAAAACCAUCUAUCCCGCCUACUUCAUCCCGGAGCUGGCGCACGUCGUGGCCAUGUGCGACGAGAAGCUACCGUUCGUGGCCCUGGCAAAGGAGUUCUCCCACAGACGCAUUCCGCACGGUGGUCUGCAGGUGGAGGCUAAUGCGACAUCGCUCGUAUUGAAGCUACUGACGCUUCCACAGCCAAAACCACCACAAAUUCCUCCCGCCCCACAGCAGCAAGGACAACAGGGCGGCCAGCAGCAGCAGCAACAGCAACAACAACAGCAACAGCAGGGUCCAUCGAAUGCCAACGCCGAUGCAAAGGCGGCCGCUUCAAACGAACCGAAAACGGUACACGUCCCACCGCUCGACAAGCAGGUUUGGAAUGCGCUGCUCAAGCGGCUCCUGUCCGUUUCCGUUCGGGCGCAAGUAAACAAAAGCAACCAAACACGGCUCUGGACGAUGGAGCUUGUGUUCUACGGCUCACCACUACCGAGUCUCCACCACAAGGAGCAGGGUAUGCGGCGGGCCGUCUACCUUCAGUAUGAGAUGCUUCCGGUCGAGUCGGUCGGCAAGGUGGUGGAUCAGCUGCUGAAUGACUGGUCGAAGAUCGUCUACCUAUACACGCUGGUGCACGAGUUCCGCGAGCAGCUGCAGAACGAAAAGUACAACCUGCAGAAUAUGGUCGCAAUCCGGUCGUACAACUACACCAGUCUCCUGCUGGCGUACGGCCCUAACAAGGAGGUGAGCGUGAGCAUCUGCUGGGAUACGGACGCGAAAGAAUUCCGGCUGGUGUUCGCCGGUGGAAACAGUGCGAUCAACGCGCACUCGAUGAUGCGCGAUCAGCUACAGGCGCACCUGAACCAUAACUACAGCUUGGCGCAGAUCGUGCACAUCCUGCACGAAACGUACCAACCGCUCAGUUCGAUCGCGAAGCUACCGAUCAUACCGCACCUAGCGAUCCUGCAGUCACCGAAGAUCCCCGUCCUGUCGUUCUGCAUUGUCCCGCAGUCACCGAACCUGCUGCGUAUCUCCUUCCAGGGUGUGUACUGUCUCGAAGUACGGUUCCGCGGGGGUGGACUAUGUACGAUCCGCGACGGUGCCUACAGUCGCUUCGAUCGUAGCCACGUGGUGGAAGAGUUUACUCCGACGCAGGGUCUGAAGGGGUUCCUUUCCAAGUAUGUCGACGAAACAGCCGUCUUCCGUAGACGCUCGCAGUCGGAAGAUGACAACCCACCGUCUCCGGUGACGAUGGAGGACCCGUCGGGUCACGGCGGUGGUGGUGCCGGUGGCGGAGGUGGCGGUGGUGGUCAAGGACCCGGUUCUGUAGGCUCGAACACAUUCCUUGGUGGCGCGAGCGGAAUGCGUGGUCCACAAAGUCCACGCGAUCCAGGACUACGCUUUGCCGCCCCUCUGACCCCUCCGAGCGGAUCAAACCCCCACACACCCGCCAGUCCGCACCCAAUCGGUGGUGGAGGUGGCGCUGGUGGAGCUGGUGGUGGUGGUGGAGGCCAAGGGCAAGGUGGCCAAGGAGGGCAGCAGGGUCAUAUGAACAACUUCAACAUGACUUCCCCGCCGGCCUCCCACAUGCCACAUCCGUCGCCGAGCGGAGGUCUGAUGCCGUCCUCGCCACUGAACGCACAGCCGAGCCCGAUGGCGGCUCACUCGCCCGGUCCCAGCAACCUAGCGUACAUGCAGAACCACACCGACGGAAGCCCAUUCGCCGCGCUCUCGCCGGCCGCAUCGAAUUGGCCCGGUUCGCCCGGUAUGCCACGACCAUCGCCCCGUCCCGGACAGAGUCCGGAGCAUAAAGUACAAACUCAUUAUACAUCGCGUGUUUUACCGGCACGCUCGUGGGCUGGAGCAAUACCGACGCUUCUGACAUACGAAGCCCUCGAUACGCUGUGCCGUGCCACAUCUCAUCCGCAGAAGGAAGUUCCAGGCCCGGAGUUGAGCCCGCUGGAGCGAUUCCUUGGCUCGGUGUUUAUGCGCCGUCAACUGCAGCGUAUCAUCCAUCAGGAGGAUAGUCUGAUGGCCAUCACAUCGAACGAACCAGGUGUGGUGGUGUUUAAGGCGGACUGCCUGCAAUAUCAGGUCUUCCUCAAUCCGAACCACAUGCAGUCGCUCCACCUGAAGGUCGCUCAGCUCCCGAUGGGCCCGAUGAUGGACGGCAAGCCACCGUACCAGUGGGCGGCCGAGGAUCUGCAGAUUCUGGAACAGUUCUUCGAUCAGCGUGUAGCCGCUCCGCCCUACCGGCCGUCCGUAAUGACCAGCUUCACCCGCAUGCUCAACCUGCCGGCGAAGGUGCUGAUGGACUUUAUCCAAAUCAUGCGUCUCGAUCUGAUGCCCGAGCUCGGCCAGGGCAACAAGUGGAACGUGCAGUUCGUGCUGCGCAUGCCCCCAUCGGCCACACCGAUCGUGCCGGUCGGAACGACUACCAUUCUGUCGCACCGGCAGAAGAUUCUGUUCUUCAUCCAAAUCACGCGCGUUCCGUACCUGCCGAACAUGGAGUGGAAGGACGCGGUCACGAUGCUCCUACCGAUGGUGUACGAUAUGAACAUGAACCACACGACGUUGGCCGAGCGGCGCGAACCGAUGCCACCCCAGCUGACCAGUGCGGUCAGCGCACAUUUGCGUCGAUUCUCCGAAUGUUCGGUGCUGCUGCCGGACGAAUGCUCGCUGUUCCCAGCUGUACGCGACCUGCUGCUUACACUGACCCUUCCGAACGAGCCUCCAGCACCGGGACAGCUUCAAAUGCAGCUCGGCGGUGUAAUGCAACCGGGUGGUGGCCCCGGUGGUCCCGGUGGACCAAUGGGUGGCCAGAUCGCUGGUCCUACGCCACAAAUAGCGCCCCAGGUUGGCUCCAGCCCCGGCCCAAUGAUGCACUCUCCGAUGCAACAGCAAAUGCAGCAACCGGGUAGCUAUGGUGGUAUGGUCGGUGGGGCUGGUGGAGGCCCCCAAGCCGGUGGCCCGGGUGGUGUUGGACCAGGCGGUCCGAAUUGAGUGAAUCCAAGGGACGGCGGAGCGUGAAAUGUGUAUGAAUCAAAACGUAAUACCAUAACCAGAGAGGGGAUAAACUUUAUAACUCAAACUAUUUAAUUGAUACAAUUCAUAUGUAAAAUAUAGUAAACAUUUGCUAU